CUGUCAAGACUUUCCUGCAUGUGAAGAAGAAGAAGCUCCGGCAGCUCGUCAGGUUUUAACCGCAUCUUUUGCGAGAAGAAAUGGCGCUGAUGGGGGUUCAGCUGGUGGUCAGCUUGCUGGCUGCCAGCAUAAUGCAGAGGAUGGCUCCACAUUGCUCCUUCGCACGCUGGCUCCUCUGCAACGGCAGUUUGUUCCGAUUCAAACACCCUUCAGAGGGAGAACUGUGUGCACUGGCUGGAAAGCAGAUGCCCAAACAAAACAGAAGAGACAGGAGACAGAAUGGCGAGAACAAGCCUCUGACUGUGCCCAAAGACAUUGACCUUCACCUAGAGAAAGCUCCAGUCAACGUAAUGGACGCUCUGGUGCUGCGGUUUUUCCUGGAGUACCAGUGGCUUAUAGAUUUUGCCGUGUACGCAAUGGGCGUCUUCCUGUUCACCGAGUGUUACUACAACGUGGUAGAUGCCAGCAAAGAGGUCAAUAUCGGAGCCAUCUGGUGUGUCUUAACCGUGCUGUUCGGUCUACGGACCCUUUACACUCUGAUGAGCCACUACUUCCGCUCUGAAGAGGGCGGCGAGCGCUCGGUGUGCCUCGCCUUUGGUUUUCUGUCUCUGCUCGUGGCCAUGCUGGUGCUGGUGGUCAGAGAGGACUACCUGGAGUUUGGCCUAGAGCCUGGCUUUGCAAGUCUCUUCGACAACUUGGAAAUCUUUGCCAAGCAGCAGGGCUACGCCGACUGGUCAAUCCCAGUGACGAAGCUGACGGUGAAGCUCGGUCUGGCCGCUGUCUGUGCUUACAUCGGUGCUCUCCUUGCUUUCCCCGGCCUGCGACUGGCUCAGACUCAUCUAGACGCUGUGCAGAUGAACUCAGAUCGCCCACUCAUCCAGAUUUUGCUGCACAUGAGUUUCCUGUCUCCAGUUAUUGUGUUGAUUCUGUGGGUGAAACCUAUUGCAAGAGACUUCCUGGCCAAUGCACCUCUGGGAAAGACUUCGGUCACCCUAGUGUCCAGCGCAGCGUUCGACAGCAUGCGUCUGUGGAUCAUCGUGGUUCUGUGCGUUCUGCGGCUGCUGCUGACCCGCUACCACCUGCAGGCCUACCUGAACCUGGCUCAGAAGUGGGUGGAGCAGAUGAAGAGGGAGGCAGGACGUAUCGCUGCCAUCGACAUCCAGAGGAAGGUCACACGUGUGUUCUGCUACCUGACAGUCGUUACUCUUCAGUAUCUGGUCCCGAUUCUGCUCAUCCUCUUCUCUACACUGGCACUCAAAGCACUGGGGAACUUCUCCUGGGAUAACAGCAUUGAGGACACCCCCGGGGUGACACCAGCUCUGGUGCUGCCCACAGCAGCUCCCGUCCUGCCCGGUGGUCUCGAUGAAGACGAGGAGGGGAUGGAGGACAUGGAGGAGGACAUCCAGGCCACAGUAGCUCGCCUGUCGGAGACCUUCACGGCGCUCCGCUCCGUCCUCACUCCCCUUUUCUUCCGAGGUUUCUUCGCCUUCCUCACCUGGUGGGUGGCUGCCUGCCAGGUCAUCAGCUCUCUGUUCGGCAUCUACUUCCACCAGUACCUCAUGCAGAACUAACUGAGGAAAUCAGAGAGCUGCUCUUCUCUACAUGCAAUGCAACUCCAGCUCUCCGCUAACAUUACGCUGCUGCAAAGGAUGCCUGCAGACAGCGACAGGGAUGUUUCAUUAGAACACAACUACAGACAGGUUUCUGGCUGCAGCAGGAUUUCUGAUCAAGGUUGGACACAGUCUGCUGCCUCGUUGUCGACUUGUUGAGGCUACUGGCGUCAAUAACACAAAUAUAAAGAAGGAACUGGGGCCUGUAUCACAAAGCAACUUCAACUUAGUUUAGCCUACUUUCUUUUGACCGGCAAUCUUUGAUUAACCUGUAUCCUAAAACUGGUUUUGCCUCAGUUAAAGGUGAAGUCGACGAUUCUAGAGAAACAUAGUUGAUAAUUAGCUAGUCAGUAUGUUUAGUUAGCAUGUGCUACAUUUACUGUCCCCUUUCCUGUGCACUAACACGAGCACACACAAACUUAAACAGGACAUGUUAGAAUGCUGUUCAUUCCGAGCCACUUGUUUUGUUCCCCGUUUAUAGAACCACGGCUGUGUACAAACACCGGAUCAUUUUUUUCCAGUGCACACACACACAGCCGACAACUGACCGACUCUCAGGACACUGUGUAUUCUCUAAAUUUCGCAAAAACUGUAAAUGAUUAGUAUCACCGACUACCUUUAAACCUGGGUUCCAAGCAGGAUCCAAGCACGUUCACUUUGAUCAUCAAAGCAACUGCGGCUGCAAAAUGUAAUAUGACAUAAUGACACCCACAGCAAAAUUAGACGGUUAAAUAAGAAGCUGUAAAAAUAGGAGAAGGCAAGGAUGAGUGUAGGAGUUAUAAUGUAGGCUGUUUUUUAAAUCAGGCGUUUUCAACAUGUUCAGGAGUCCAGAAAAGUGACCUUUUGUUCCUUGUUUGUCUCAUUUUGAAGAAAAUAUCAAAAUGGUAAAGAUAGAUAACAAAGAUGAAAAUGAAAUGGAAAAAAUGCAGAAUUAUGUCUAUCUGACCAAAAAGUAUGCUGCAUUUAUCAUUUGCUUAGCGUAUACUUUACUUAUUUGCUGAUAAACAGUGAUUGCAACGAUGUGCUCAGUUAAUAUGCAGCAAUAACUUCCAUUCAUUGGGUGGUAACACGUUUAUUAAGGCUUGUUUGAGACACAGUCAGGCUGCAACUAAGGAUUAUUUUUAUUGUUGAGUGAUCUGUUGAUUAUUUUCUCGAUUCAUUGAUUAGUUUUUUCCCUCUCAAAUGUCAGAAAAUGGUAACAGUGUUGAUCAGUGUUUCCCAAAACCCAAGAUAAUAUCCUCAGAUGAUUGUUUUGUCCACAACCUCAAAGACGUUCAGUUUGCUGCCACAGAAAACUAAAAGAAAUACAGAUAAUUUGCUCAUUUAAAAUUCUGCAGACUGUGACUUUUUUCGUAAAAAGAAAUAUUUAAACUGAUUAAUUGAUCAUCAGUUGACAACAAACGGAUUAGUAGCUCUAAUCACAGACUAGAAACCUUUUUAUCUGUCAAAGUAAUCGAUAUGAUUUUACCUUUAUAUGAAAUCUUUCUCUUUAUUGUGAGCUCAUGAACAUGUCAGCAUCCUACAGAAAUAUAACUAUCCAGUUUUUUGAUUCGUCACUAUGUUUAGAUGUGAUCCCCUGAAACUGACCCUGCUUGGCGCUGGUUAGCCCUACAUCUUAUGUUGCUAUGGUAACUUACCCAGGCUAAAAGUGAGUCAUAAAACCCGAGUUAAGCCCAAAGACAUCCCCCAAGUCUCUCUUUGUGAUACAGGCCCCAGUGUCAUCUUCCAGCUACUUUAGCAGAACAUUUUUUCCACGUGUAUCUAUGCCAGUGUUCCCUGAAUCGUCCUCGGCAGAACACUGUUAAAUGCUGCAUUUGAGAUAUUUAAUGGUACCAGGGUGGGUAUUCGGACUUGAGCCUGAGUAGUACGACAAUGUAUUUUUGUGAGGGGCCUUUUGAGGCCCUGAAAGAACCGAUUCAAGAGUGCUAAAUGUUUUUUUUUGUUGUCUUUCUGCUGUUUUUUUUCUUUUCUUUUUUCUGCAACGACCUAGUCGAGCUCUUAUUGAGUGAACCACGGUUGAUGGAGAAUGACUGUAGCUGUGGCUGUGUGUUAGUAUCUGAAAGCCAAACGCCGACGAGCUUCUGCUUUUUUUUAUUUUUAAUCCGAAGUGCCUGGGAGCUCAGGAAUUUUGAGUCAGUUUUAAAAUCUCCUUCCUCCCUGUUCAUGCGUAUUUAGAACAAGUAGACUCUGUUAGAAUGAACACUCCAAACACAUUUCUGUUCUCGCUGUUAUCGUCAAACACUACUCAUUAGCAACGUUAUAAGUUGCAGCGUCUUAAUUAGUCCCAUCAGCUUUUCGUUUCUGCUUUUUUUUUUCUUAAAUAGUCUUUCAGCCACGUACAUGUUAGAUUAAUCAAAGCCUUCUUUCAAUCCGUCCUCGUCACUGUGUUUUAUUUAUUUAUUUAUGAUGCGUUGCCUCUAAUUUUUGUUACCCAGAAAUGAUACAGAUUCUGUAAUUCUGUACAUUUUAUUGUAUUUCUCUUUUGAUUUUUAGUGUGUGUGGGUUUUUUUUUUUAGAUAUUGGAAUCGAAUGCUCUGAAAUCAUUUUACUGUGAAGCUGAAAUUUUCUUUUUUUUAGAUUUUUCUGAAUGCAUGGUGUGCACAGUUUUUGUUGUAACCAGAUUGCUUUGAUUUUGUUUGUGUGUGUGUGUGCGACUUAAUUAAAACAUACCCUUUUUUUUUGUUUUUUUCAUGGCA